AUGAUAGGUGCGACUUGCGUCAAUCUGAAUCCGUUGUAUUCAGAGAACGAAUUAACUGAAAUAAUCAAUGACUGUGCUCCGAAGAUAAUUUUUUGCUGGAUUGAUAUGGUUUACAAACUUAAACUAGUUGAUCAUCUUGUGAAAAAUGUGAUUACAGUAAUGCCAGGAGACUUUUUAGGCUUAAAAGGGAGCUUGAUAAAUUUUUUCUAUCGAAUUCACAGAAUGAAACGAAAAAAUGAUGUCAAGUUUCAGCACGUUCGUCUCACCGAUUGUAUGAAAAAAGCGAACCGUUUGACUCCGGUUCAACUUGUAGAAGUGGAUUUGUCCGAUUUAGCUUUACUUCUGUACACCAGUGGAACAACAGGUGAGUGUAAGGGUGUUCCGCUCACUCACUGCAACCUUAUCGCUGCUACGAGAGCCGCUUACACAGCGAUCCUCGACGGUGGUAUGGCAUUGAACGACAAAGUUCGCAAAGAUUGGAAACUUGUCACAAAUACGGAAAUUUUCGAAGGUUACGGAAUGUCAGAAACAACGGGAUUGAUAUCUUGUCAACGACCAAUUCUCCACGAAGAUAACGACAAAUUCAGCUUGUCAAUAGAAGAACAACAAAUAUCAAGCGUGGGGAAAAUAAUCCCUAACUGUAGCGUGAAGAUAAUUCCUAUUCAAGACAAAAUUGAAUAUACAAACAACGAAAAUGCGCCAAUCAGUUCGAAAGAGAUUGGUGAAAUCUGCGGAAGAAUUAAAAAUAUCGUUAUCAUCAGUGGAUUCAACGUUUAUCCAGCAGAAAUUGAAAAAGUUGUUCGAAAUUGUCCAAAAGUAAACGACUGCGUAGUAAUUGGAAAAACUGAUAAAAAUAACAUUGAAUAUUUGUACAUGUUAGUAGAAAAAGACAUCGACGCAAAUCUAACCGAGCAAGAAGUAAAGCAAUAUUGCGCUGAUAACUUAGCACCCUAUAAACGCCCUAAGGUCAUUGAAAUCACUGUUUCUCUGCCGAGAACUCCUAUUGGUAAAGUAUCGUUGAGCGAUUUAUAA